AUGGCCAAGAUAUACCUGGAACACUUGGACGCCGAGCACCUCCAGCCCUUCCGUCAGGCUCUUUCGAACAUACUCAGUACACCAACCGCAGAAUCCACUUAUGCCCAGAUACUAGACGGCAUGCCGCUGUCCUUAACAUACAGAAAGAAUCAUUGGUACUGGAAAAACUUCCCUGUUAGCACCCAUAAUGAUUUAUGCGCUGGCGCUCUCGAGAAGGCCAUAGCAGCUCGGUCAAAUUUCGGUUUCGCUUUGCUGCGGUUUGAAUCAAAGGCAAGUUCGACCAUUCGCGGUUCGAUCGUUGUGUCACCACUCAAAAUCGCAGUUCAUGAUAUUGCCGGUCUGCUCUGGAGUUUAGACGAUGGUUUUCAUAAGCACGCAGAUCUUGAGGCCUGGCUCACAAGCAGACUUGAGAGCGAACCACAAGACAAGUUCGAGCGGGUGAACUUGCCGCCACAUACCUGGUUCUGGCACGGUGAAUACACAAAUUCCGACGAGUAUCCCAAUGGUGUUGCGGACAUCGUGGGGUACUGGGCUGAGACACAGAUAUUUGGAGGGGUCGUGGUCUUCGACCGUGGUGAAAGUGACGAGGAGUGCAACGGGGUCUACUUGCACAAUGCGCAGAUUAACGUACACGGAUAUACUAUUGCACCACCGACCGCCGACCAAUUCACAAAUCUGGUUGAUUUCCUCCUCUCCCCGGACCCGGACGGCACCCAGGCACCACUCCCCAUUGCGAUCACUCUUGCCAACAGAUGGCGCUGGGAGCCGUACGAGGCCAUGGCAACGUACCACAUAUUCCGGGACCGCUACGAGAGGAGGCUACCCCCGCGCGAGGUUUACUGGCGACCGCACGGCACCAAGGGCAAGGAUUGGCCAGAGCUUGCUGAAGUGCAGUUGUUAAGGAGAGCAGCCAUGGGGUACGAGCGCGUAGCACCGGCCGAGAUAUCUGCUGCGACGGACCGUCUGAUGCAGAUCACCCCUUCCUCCCGGUACUGGUAUCAGGUGGAGGCCGAGGUGUGCAGGCUCCAGCCGGACAAGAAGAAACAGGGACGGCCGCCGUAUUUCUUCGAUGAGUGA